UGGCGAGCUAAUGAAGCUGCAGUGGCAUCAUGCACACAACAAAAGAAAAUUGAAGAACUAGAAGCACAACUUCAGGAAGCUGAAGACAUUGUAAAAGACCUCAGGGAAGAGUUGAGAGCAGUUGAAGUAGACCUUGAGAGGUUCCCAAGAAGCAAACAAGUAAAGCAUCAUGUACAAGUAAACAAUGCAUCAAUUCCUAAACCCCCUGUUACCGAAGUACAACCCAAUUCAAAAAGUCAGAGACUUUAUAAUUCUUUAUUUCCAUUAAAGAAAUCUUUAAUCAGCAACAUGGAUUUACCUUCUAUAAUCGUGAGAAGCAAAGAAACCGAAUUGUAUAUAAACGGGUGUACUCAAAGAAUCCGAGCAUGCGAACGGACCCCACCAGAAAUAGAUGACACAAAGCCCGAGUCAAUUGUCAAAGAGGAUGAAGUAGUUGAUAAAUUACAUAUAACACCCUCUGUGGAGGAGAAAGAAGUAGUAAAGGAGAUGGAUCUAACGGCUGGUAAUUCAUGAUUGACUUCUCCAACUUCAGUCAAACUUUUAGAGGAAAACUCUGACAAAGAUUUAGUAAGAACGUGUAAUGGUGAAAGCAGAAUUAUAGAGAAAGAUGG